AUGUUGUCCCGCUUGGUGUCGACGGCCGUGGUCCGCUCCCGCGGGGCCGCGCGCCUGUACGCGUCCGUGGCCGCGGAAGCAGGCGCGCCGACCAAGCUGGUGCUGCGCGAGAUGAAGGCGGUGCCCCGCGAGACGCGCCGCCAGCUGCGGCUCGAGGCCGAGACCUCAUCGAGCCCGCUCACCAAGAACAACAAGACGCCCGUGUCGCGCCUCGUGCUCCGCACGCUCUUCGGCGCGACGGGCCUGGCUGCCGCCGGGUGGCACCUCUAUCUCUCUGAGGAGACGAAGGCCGACAUCUCGCAGCGCGUCAACGACUCGUUCGUGGGCGCGAUCGCCGACUACAUCAUGGCGCAGAUCCAGGAAAUGGCCCGUCCGUUCACCAAGCCGUCGCGCGACAAGCUGCUGCCGGACUGGCCCAUGAUCAACCGUGGCGUGCCCGAAGGCUACCCGCAAAUCCCGGUCCUUGUCCUUGGCGUCGAAGACGUCUUGCUGCACUCGGAGUGGGACCGCAAGUAUGGCUGGCGCCAUGCCAAGCGUCCGCACGUCGACGAGUUCUUGGAGACGCUCGCGCGGUACUACGAGAUCGUGCUCUUCUCGAGCGAGCCGCGCAUGAUGGUCGAAGAAGUGCUGGCGCGCCUCGACAGCAAGCAAUGCGCCUUCCACUACUUGACGCGCGAAGAGACGCACUUUUCAACGGGACGCACGUCAAGGUCGGAUCUCAACCCGAUGAACCGCGAUCUGCGCAAGAUCAUUGUCGUCGACCACAACCCGGAAAACUUCCAGCUGCACCUGGGCAACGGCAUCACGAUCCCGGCGUACCUCGACGGCGCGGACCGCUCGGACCGUGUGCUCAAGGACCUCAUCCCGUUCUUCGAGACGCUCGGGAAGGAAAACGUGGCGGAUGUGACCAAGAUCCUCGCCGAGUUUGCCGACGCGGACGGCGUCGUGCGCGACGUCGGGCCCAAGUGGAACGCCAAGCUCGCGGCCCUCGAAGAGAAGAAGCGCAUGAACGAGCAAAAGGGCUUCGGCGGCUUUGUGCGCGGCCGCAUGUCGACGCGCGCGUCGUCGCCGUCGCUUUCGUUCAAAAACUAA